AUGGCUUCCGCAAAUACCCCGUCUUUCCAUCGUUGGAACAAACUGUCCAUCGAGCUUGUCCUCAAGAUCGUUGAGGCGUCCAUCGACUCUACCGGCCCCAAAAGCAUCAUCGGCCUCCUCACAGCCGACAAACACGCACACUCCACCAUCAAGAACCACGAAUGCUCGAUCGUCAAAGCCGUGGCCGCUCGAGACCAGCAAAAAGCCCUCACCGACUUUCCGGGCAUCGCGCCAGAUGCCUCAGGAUUCACGUUGAGAUGGCUCAACACCAUUACAGCACGGUACCAAGUUGCCGAGCGGCUCACUGAGGUGCUCAUGAAGGGGUCAUGGGACGCCGACUCUGUCUCGCCAGCUUUCCUCCCCAACAUCCGGAAGUUUCUGGAAUGCGGCUUCUUGCUGCUGUACCGUCUACACGAUCUCGUGAAGAGCGAUGGCGACAAGUGCGCCUUUAUUGAUCAGCUGCCGUCAUCAUCACUGGCGCCCAUCAUCAUCGUACUCUUCGAGGCGCGUUGGGCGCGGGACGCCAUCACUCCUGCGUUCGGUAAGAUGCCAGACAUCCUUGUCAACGUCGUCGACGACCGCGACACUCAGUGCCAAUUUCACGGGGCAUUUGCGCUCAAGCAUGGCUGUCGUUGGGAUCAGGUGCUGUGGAUCAUAAUGAAGACGGUAGACAUGGGGCUUUGGAAGAUGAAGCCGGGUGAUUUCGACAGAUUGAUUGCUGGCACGCCAGUGGAGCUGUUCAAGAAUUCAUAG